AUGCUCGUGGUAUGGUCGCGACAAGUCCGACCGAGUGAGCUGACGGGUGGAAGGGCCAGAUCACUGGAGGCGCGCCUGCGCGACGCCCUGUUUGUGGUGGCGGCCAAUACGACGCUUGGGUUCGGCUAUAAGGCGUUGCUCGAUAUGGGAUCGAUCUCGACAAUCGCGAUGGGAUUGACGGUGCCUCUGCCUCUGGAACAUGUUAUGAUGAAGCUGUUACAAGGUCAUCGGCAAUUGCACGGCCUGGGUCUCAUCUGGACAUUGAUUACUGUUACAAGUGCGGUGACCGCCCGCAUGAUGAGUGUGUGGGUCUCUCAAUGGACAACAGUCGGGCCUCAGUCGAGAAGCUCUGGCGAGCAGGAACCGGAUCGUCGCAUACUGCUGGCGCUUACGAUUGGCGCUCCUGCGGCGGUCCUCCUAGCUAUGUUCGGCGAAGAAGACAACAUUGGGAGGUUCAGAAUUGCAGCGAUGAGAGUACCAUGGCUCAUGGCACUGAACAUCAUGGCUAGUGCUGUAGCCCUUGGCAUGUGCUGCAGCAUUUUCGGCAAUCUGCCGCCGCUCGGUGACGUCGAAGAGGCAGUUCAUGGGCCACCAACAUCGAGCCACUCGAGCCAACAUAGUCAAGUCUUGCAGUCAGCGAUGUUGACAGGACUUAUUCUGGUCUGCACGACGCAGCUCACUGGUCGCGGUACCGGACUGACACUUGUGCAAGCUGCUGCAUAUUUCAUUGCACUAGCGGUCCAGCUUCCGUCACUUGAUGCUGGAGGUCAUGGCAAGUUGACUGCCUUCAUGUUGCGCCAAGACGACCUGCGGACUGUUCUGCUCGAAGAUGAUAAGACUGAGGGUGAUAGCAGGACUUCCAACGAGAAGGUCCAGUCGUUACAGGUCACGGUGCGGAAAGAUUACGCUAAGAGCGUGGCCACUAAUCGAGCAGUACUGAACGUCGUGACCACCACAUUGAUCCUGCUUGCAUUGACGCUCUUCUGGUCCUCGCAAUCAGAAGUAGUUCCAGCAUUAACAAUGCCCUUGGUAUCGCUUCCAGGCUCUGGCUCUCUUGAUAUCGUCGUUUCUCGCUACCAGGAACCAUACAGCAGCGUCGUCUCCAUGCUCGAUAGCAUCCACAACAUUGCAAGUAUAGCCAAUCUGGACAGUACUCGAAUCUUCAUCUACGACAAGGCUCCUGAAACGGAUGAUGCUUUGUCCCCUGACCCCUGCAUCAGCCUCCAUCAUCCUGGCGUUCGGAUCUCGCGCAUCACUCGCCCCAAUAUUGGCCGUGAAGGCGAGACGUACAUCCAUCACAUCCUCACCCACUACAGCGACCUGGCACAGCACACGCUCUUUCUCCAAGCCGAGCCUCACGAUCGCCUGCAAGCUCUUCGAAGGAUUCGAGACUACUUCCACCCAUCAUUGACUGGAUUUCUGACCCUCUCAUAUCCGAGUAAUAUCUGUGCCACAUGUGAGGACUGCGUGGACUUCUCCGAGUGGGAGGAAGACUCGUCUGUGCUUCGAGAUCUGCAAGGAGCCAGCUUCGACAGGGAUCAGGUCUGUAAGAACGUUCUUCUGACAUACCACGGCCAGUUUCUGGUUUCCUCAACCCGUGUCCGAUCGAACCCUCUUUCAUUCUACGCCGAAAUUCUCGAUCACUUCAUCGAUCCAGCCAGCGAUAAGCACAAAGCACCAUAUCUGAACCAGACCUGGAAUAAAGACAUCCCGGACUCUUUGUCCGCUCCAGUGUUCGGAUAUACCUUGGAACGAAUGUGGGGAUCGAUUUUCGGGUGUUCGGGUGAAAGGAUCAGUAUCGAGUGUCCGAGCCUGCUGAGCGGGACACUAGGGCACAAGGCGAGUGCGCUUGAUGGGUGUCAAUGCCUUGACAGCGAGAGUCUCGACGAUCAGUAUCUACUGGAGUAG